AUGCCCAAGAGAUUAGCUUUGAUGGUAGUGCAAAGGCAAACAGCGGCUUCCAAAUCAACAAGAUCCUUCAAGAGGCUGCAGCACGGGGUCGUUGGUGGUUUACCAAUUGUAAUGCCCAACAAACCCUUCAACAGAUCCACACAUACACCCAGCUUUAAUGUGUCCCUAGGGCAAGCACCCUUUGAUGGUGCAGGUGAUGGGAGUGUUGGCGUUGGCGACGGGUUGCUUGGUGUUGGCGAUGGGUUGCUUGGUGUUGGGGUUUUCGGUGUUGGCGAUGGGUUGCUUGGUGUUGGGGUUUUCGGUGUUGGCGAUGGGUUGCUUGGUGUUGGCGACGGGUUGCUUGGUGUUGGCGAUGGGUUGGUUGGAGUUGGGGUUUUGGGCUUUGGCGAUGGGUGGCUUGGUUUAGGUGAAGGGAGCUUUGGUUUUGGCGGGGGUGGUGGGCAAGAGGAAGAGCUCACCAAUGUGAAGAAGAGGAGGUUGAGAGAUAAAAGAAGGGCAGUAGAGGCUACAGCUCUUGAAGCCAUAUCUCAAAAUUAUGAGGUGGCUAGAGAUUCUUGGUUGGUUUCUGAGAUAUAAGCUUCAAGAGUUUGAAGAGUGAUGGAUAUGGAAAUGAUGUUGAAGGUUAGAGGCUUUUAUAGAAGGAGGUUAAGCACUACUUGCCUUUUU